AUGGCUGAUGAGAGCAUCCUGAAGAAGUUCCAGUUGCAAGCAACUUGUUCCAUGUGCUUGGAGUAUUUCGUUGAACCGGUGCUCCUCGAAUGUGGGCACAAUUUCUGCCAUCACUGCAUUGCGAAGUACUGGAAGGAAUUUAUAGCGAACAAAUAUUGCCCUUACUGCAAAGUAGUGGUCAAGUCCGGGAGUUUCUUUCCAAACAGACCCCUGGAAAACAUUUCUGUGUUGCUCAAACAGCUGAGAGAUCAGGCUAAAGAAGCAGAAGAAGGAGAGAAAGUGUGUGAGAUUCACCGGGCGCCCCUAGAAUCUUUCUGCAUGAGUGACAAAGGCCUGGUCUGCUUAUUAUGUAUCAAAUCUGUAGAGCACCAGGGUCACAGUGUGGUUCCUGUGGAGCAAGCAGCCCUAGAUUUCAAGGCAGACAGUGUGAAGCAAGACAUCAAGGCCAAGUUCAAAAAACUGCACCAGAUUCUGUUGCACCGUGAGGAGUUCCUGAUGGGCAAGAUCCAAGGCGUGGUGAAGAUGGUUGAAUGCAAAAAGGACUCGCACCUGAACAAGUUCUUCUGGGAAAUCUCCUCGGAUGCCUGGAUUAUGCGGAGGUUGAAACAGAAAUGUUGUCAGCCAACACAUCAGUGCCUGCAGGAUGUCAAACACACCUUAGACAGGUUUGGGAAGACUAGUACGUUUGAGUGUCCAGAGCCUUUUUCACCAAGGGACAAAUUGCCACUCUGGGAUCUGUUGGACAUCAAUGUUUCUUUGGGGCUGGCCAUGAAGCUAAUCAAAGACAUUCUAGAACCUGAAUUAGAACUGCAGGAAGUGACGUUGGAUCUGCAGACGGCUCAUCCCCGCCUCAUUCUGUCUGAGGACUGUAAAAGUGUGAGACUGGGAGACGAAUGUCAAGACCUGCCCAUGAACCCUGAGAGAUUUGAUGCGAGUUUCUUUGUGCUGGGAUGCGAGCAAUGCACUACCGGCAGGCGUUACUGGGACGUCGUUUUAGGAAGCAAGGGGGAUUGGGCUGUAGGGGUGGCCAGAAAGUCCAUGAGGAGGAAGGAACCAGUCAGCAUAAGUUCUAGGUCUGGGAUCUGGGCAAUUGGGAAGCAGGCGGAUCAGUAUGUAUUUUUCGACUCCCCUAACAGCAUUCAUCUGACCUUUAAAGGGGAGCUCACGAGAGUCCGGGUGUUUCUGAAUUGUGUCGGGAGGGUGGUGGCCUUCUUUGAUGGUGAGGGAGGAGAAGUGCUCCAUCAGACCAUGCUAACUGCCGCUCCCAAAGAGAUCUUCGUCCCCUUCUUUCACCUAGGCCUUAAAGCCGUCCUCUCGGUAAGGCUGCCGGAACCUACCAGGCCUCCAGCCUCUGCAUCCUUUACAGCCGUUCCAGAGCCGGGAAUCUCUGCGAACGUCCUCCAGUCCUUUUGCCACUCCGGCCGAGGGUCUGAAAUCCGCCGUUUUCCCUUGGGCCGGCGUGAGGGAGCCAUGGCUGCUGUGAACAUCUUGCAAAAGCUCCAGGAGAAAUUGACUUGUUCCAUCUGCUUGAAGGGUUUCUUAGACCCGGCGACCCUCGACUGCGGGCACAAUUUUUGCCACAGCUGCCUGGUGGGUUGCUGGGGGUGCAUUCCCACCCAAACCACCUGCCCUCAGUGUAAGGAGGUGCUCCCUCGGCCCAUCUUCACGCCCAACAGGCAGUUGGCCAACAUCGUGAUGCUCACCAAAGAGAUGAGCGAUCGGGCCAAGCGAAUGGCCAGCAGCAGUUAUUCCUGCGAGCAGCACCCGGAGGCAGUGACAUCUUUCUGCAAGGAUGACCUCACUCCCAUCUGCUCCAUAUGUGACCACGGUUUCCAGAACCACCAUGCGCACGACAUCAUCCCUGUGGCAGAAGCUGCCCAAACCCUGAAGGUGGGAACUCAGGCUUUAUAG